AUGUCAAAGUUCACCGAAACGAACGAAAUUCCUGAAGAUAAUGAAAGCGAUGAAAUAGGUUCAGCGGAUGAGCAGCUUGAAACGAAUGGUGCAACACUGAUCGAGCAGAUCAAUAGACAGAAGAAAGAAAUUGAGGACGAGAUAAGGAAGGAACACCCAUUGAUUGCUCAGAAGGAAUCACUAAGCGUUUUGCUAAAUGAAUAUGAUCGAGACAAAAGUGCUGAAUAUUAUCAGAAAUCAGAGGAAUUGGCGAAAGUAUAUGGUUCUCUACGUCGUAUUCGUGGGGAUGGUUGUUGUUUCUAUCGGGCUCUUCUUUAUGCUCAGCUAGAAUGUAUACUAAGUGAUCAGGAGGAAUUAACUAGGUUUACAAAAGUAUGUAAAGGGUGGCGGCUGCGUUUAAUAAAACUUGGAUUUCCAGAAUUCACUACGAAUGACUUUUGUGACUGGUUCGAUGAGUUGUUGGAUGAUAUUACAGCGGGAAAAUAUGAUGAAAAUUCGCUUGUGGAGGCUCUGAAUGAAGAAGGCCGUUCAAAUUACUACGUAACUUUCUUGAGGUUAAUCACAUCUGGUUACCUGCGAGAAAAUGCUGCUGAUUACGAAGGUUUUAUUGAUGGUGGCCGUACCAUGGAACAAUUUUGUCAGUCGGAAAUAGAACCGAUGUUCAAAGAUUGUGAUCAUUUAGCAAUUAUUGCUUUAACCAAAGCUAUAGGAGUAUCAAUUCGUAUAGAAUAUAUGGAUCGAACGGCAGCAGUACAUCACGGCUGGUUUUAUGAUUUUAUUGUCGAUAAGAAGCUACCAAGGCAUUUUUUUCUCUAUCGCCCGGGUCAUUAUGAUAUUAUUUACAAGGCUUAA